UUUGAGAAGAUCCAUCUGAUGCUCAUCGUCCUCGUGUACUAAAUACAGAAAUAAAUUCAAGAUGUUACGACUGGCAUUAUGUUUUCUGUGUCUGGUUGUAGGGACGUCGGCAGUAUAUGAAGUAUAUUACCAAACGUCCAGAUUCGUGAUCUACACAGACAAAAUGGACUGGCAAAGCGCCAGGGCAUAUUGCGAGGAAGAAGGAGGACGACUAGCGGUAUUUGACUUGAAAGCAGAAGACAAGACUGUCAGGCAAUAUAUCCUCGCAGAUCCCGACUUGAAGAGCGCACCUGGUGGUGGGUAUUGGAUUGGUUGCCAGGAUCUCCACUGUGAAGGUGUAUUUUCAUGGGUCAAUGGAAAAAUGCUAUCCGAAACAUGGACACAUUGGUAUGCUGGUCCACCAACCGCCCAACCUAACAAUAACCCAGAUCAACCAGGUGGCCAGGACUGUUGUCAGAUGUGGAAAAAGCCACAAAACAGCCCUGUGUUCCACUGGGAUGAUGAUUUCUGCGACACUGAGAAAGGAUUUGUUUGUGAAUACCGACAUGAGAUCUGCUGAACAUAGACCGGACAUAACGCGGGAUCUCGCUGAUCUCGCGAGAAACACCAUAUAGAACAUUUCAUCGACAUGUGAACGUUACAAUUUUAUUCUAGAUACAAUGCAAAUUUCGUAAUAAAUAGUUUAACAUCUAUUUUA